AUGGGACAAAUCUUGUCGGAACCCAUUGUGGACAAGAAAACCUCCUUUGAAGAGGAUGAAAAUGCAGCGUACUGCGUCUCGGAUAUGCAGGGCUGGCGUAUCUCGAUGGAGGAUGCACACACGGCUGUGCUGAAUCUGACCGAGGAGGAGGGCAAGACCCCGCUCGAGCGCAUUAGCUUUUUUGCUGUGUUUGAUGGUCAUGGCGGCGCGAAUGUGGCACGCUACUCUGGCCGCACGGUGCAUACCCGGCUCCAGGAACUGCCCGAAUUCAAGGAGAAGAAGUGGGAGGCGUCGCUGCGUCGCGCGUUCCUCAAGACCGACGAGGACCUUCGUCAAGACCCUGUGUAUGCAAAUGAUACAUCCGGCUGUACCGCGGUGGCUGCAUUGUUGGUCCCCGAGGCCGAGCGAAAAGGCCCUACGAUCUAUGUGGCCAAUGCGGGCGACUCGCGCAGCGUGCUGAGCGUAGGCGGCGAAGCUAAGGCUAUGAGCUACGACCACAAGCCUGGCAACCCAGAUGAGCACUCGCGUAUCCUGAACGCUGGUGGUUUUGUUGAAUUUGACCGUGUCAACGGCAACUUGGCACUGAGCCGGGCUAUCGGCGACUUUGAGUUUAAGCAGAACAGCUCGCUGCCGGCAGAGAAGCAAAUUGUCACAGCGGAUCCUGAGGUGAUUGAGCACAAGUGGACGGGUGAAGAAGAGUUCCUGGUACUGGCCUGUGACGGUAUUUGGGACUGCCUGACCAACCAGCAGGUGGUGGAUAUUGUGCGAAGAGGCAUUGCGAAUGGCUUGGAGCUUGAAACUAUCACCGAAGAUAUUCUGGAUCGAUGCUUGGCGCCUGAUGCGGAAGUCGGUGGCAUUGGUUGUGAUAAUAUGACGCUGAUGAUUGUCGGCCUCUUUGGCGAGCGUACCAAGGCAGAGUGGUACCAGUGGAUUAAGGAGCGGGUUGAAGGCAAGGUCGGCUAUGACACGCCCGAGACCGUCCCGCCUGUGUUCCGGACUCAUGCGCAGCAGGGCCACCACCAGCACUCGUUUGGGAGCAACGCCCAGCGCAACGUGGCUCUCUCGCUCAAUGGCCUGAACGGCAGCGACAUUUUGUCGGCCAUUCCACGCGUGCUCACGGGCCAUGGCUUCCAGGAGGACGCUGAUAUCCAAGAGGCGGACAAGGUGACAGACGAGGAGACGAAAGAGGCGGCCGAGAAGGCGUAA